AUGGACGAGAAGUACAUAACCGUGUACACCGCGGUACGUAUUAUUAUGAUCAACCGUUUGAAUAGUUACUGCUAUUAUUAUUUAAGGAUAAAAUACAAUUUUAAAAAAAAAAAUAAUUAGUUUUGUUUUUUCCCGCCAAUUUACGGUUUUACGUACCUAUGCGAAUAUUACCUAUUGAUUUUGACCCAGUAAAUAUUAUAAUUAUUAUACUUUCCAAGACUAUGAACGGGGGGUUGGGGGGCGUCAAAAUCUUGAACGGCAAAAAUUUAAAUGGCAAAAUCUUGAACAUAAAUGGUUAUCUAUAGUUGCCCCUUACAGAUUUCUAAUUUUAAAUUAAUGUUAUAUUUAUGUUAUCUAAAAAUGUCAAUACAAUAAAAAUAAAAUAGACACCUCAUACAUAUUAAAUUUAGCCAUAUAAUAAUAAUAUUAACAUUUUAAUGUAGUAUUAUAUCGUUUCAGUUAAACCGAAUCGAACCCAAAAAUGAGAAUAUGCUUGCUACAAAGAAAAAAGCCAAGAUGAUUUCCUACUGCGAGAAUGUUGUUAGCCGACUAAUCAGUAUGUUAAGCGGUUCAAAACUGUUUUGUUUUUCCUAUAAUUGGUUAUUAUUUUCUCAGAUAGCACUACAAAGCAAGAGAAAGAAGACAUAUGCAAAGAAUUUGAAGAGAAUAUGAAAUGUGCAAUAUGUCAAGAUACAAUCGUGGAUGUAAUUAUAUAUAUAUAUAUAUGUAUAUUAUAUACUAUUAUACAAACUAUUUAAUUUUCAUAACUAUUAGGGUAACAAUUAGCUAUUUUAAAUAUGAUUUGUUUACAAGUACAAAAUAAUCGCAUGUGGUCAUGCAUUUUGUCAUACGUGUAUUACCCAAUGGUUAAUCAGAAAUAUAUCGUGUCCCGACUGCAGAAGCGAACCCAGGAUAAUGAUAUUUUCUGUCGAAAUCGACAACGCGAUUAACGAAGCGUAUAGACUUAUUGGUGGAGAAAUUUACAAACGCCGCAUAGAAAACAUAAAACAACGUAAGUCAUAUUUUAUUUUGAAAAGAGGACGAGAUCCAAUUAACAAAUAAAUUCAUAAAUUGAGCAAGUGUUUAUCGUUUCCGUCAAAAUGAAAAAGGUUCGAUUUUCGUUUCUUUCAAAUCUGUUUUUACCUACAUUAUUAUUUGAGCAUCCCUAGUCGUAAUAACAAUAAAUCUACAACUAAUGUUAUCGGUAGAUGUCGGAAUUUGAGAUCAACAAUUUGAUAUUUAAUUAAAUAUACAACCACAAUACUCGUAAUAAUUAUCUUUAUUUACUUAUGCAAUAUUAAAAUAAAAAUCUUAUUAGUACCAUACAUCAAACGCACCCGAGAAAACAAGUGAUCCAUUUAAGUGGCUACACUCAUUAUCUCGGAAAAUACACACAUUUUUCGGUAAAUUUAUAAAACAAGCAGCUCUACAAUUUUAUAUUUAUGUUAUUUUUUGUCAUUCUUAUUUUUUGGGGUAAAACCAUUACCUACUUCUGAUUUUCAAAUAAACCCUUUUUUAAAACGUCCAUAUAUAUUAGAUUGAGUAUUAGUUAAAAUAAAUUUAAGUGUUAACAUUUUUGAUUUUUGUUAAACCGUUGACGAGAUAUUCCACACUAAGUUUAAAGGAGACUAGUGGUGCAUUAUUAACACACCGCGCGUCGUACCACCACACAAAUGAUAAUCCACUACUCUCUUCCAACCUAAACUUAAAAGUGAAAUAUCUCGUUAACGAAUCGACGAAAAUUUAAAAUUUCAACAUAAAAAUUUAUUUUAACUAAUACUCGAUCUAUUCAGGGAAUUUUUAUUAUAGUAUGUUAUUUGAAAAUUAAAAGUGGGUAGUAGUUUUACCUCUAAAAAUAAGGGUGACAUAAAUAACAUGAAUAUAAAAUUUUAGAACGUCUUGCUUCGUAAAUAUUCAAGAAAACAAAAAAAAAGUUGAUACUUUCCGAUAUUAAUGAGUGUACUUAAAUGUUUCACCUGAUAAACUAAAAACUUUAUUUUUAGAAUUAAAUUUUUAAACGUGCAUGUUAUAUUAAUUUACGUAUGUGAUUUAUAGAAUUAUAAGACACAUUCAAACAAAUGUAAUUAUAAGAGUUAUGAUGACUUAAAUAAUAAAAAAAACUAACAUACUUCGCACAUGGUUGGGCUACAGUUGUGGGUGAAAAGUUGGGAAGGUAUAGGGGAAAUUUAAUAUACAUCUGUAUGCAAUUAUCAGCCAUCUCUUUAGAUUCGAAAUGGAGCGAAAAAGCUUAUAGUUUUACAAAGAUAUAUAUUUUUUUUUUAGUGUAGCACCUUUUUUGAAAGGAAAUCGGUGCAGAAAGAUACUUUUAGAAAGUAAUUUUUCGAUUAUCUCAGGAGUUUUUUCAUCAACUUUAAAAAACUGGAAAAAACAAGAAAAUAUAAGAAAUAUAGGUAUUAAGAAAAAUAUAUUACAAUCUUCUUUUUUUCUGUCAACAAAUUUUCUACCAGCAAUAUUGCUCCAAUUUUUAAUGAUAGCAAUAUUUCCAAAAAAAAUUUUAUUAGGGAUGUACUUUAAAUAGGUCAUUUUUCGAUUUUCUCAGGAGUUUUUCCAGAAAAUGUGAAAAACCGAUACAAUAUUAAACAAAUAUAAUUAAAGAAAAUAUUUAAAGCAUAUUUAAUUAUUUUACUAUAAAAUGAUUUAUAUAUUGUUUAUAAAGCAUCACCAUCAACUGAACUCCGCUCAGAAUCGUUAUUUUGUAAGCAGUGGUUUAUCGUUGCUUACAGGUACACAUUAAAUUAUCUAUAACAAUGACUGCAUCCGUCCCCAUUUUUCUAGGAUGUCUUUUUUGACACAUAACUUCAAAAUAAUUUAUUAUGACUUAAAUAUUCAAUUUAAUACAUAAAUCUAAAAGUUGAUUACUGACGUUACAUAGUAACUAAUAAAUUAUUAUCUUAUCAUUUUUUCAUAAAAAACGGUUUUUACACUUAUUUAAUUUAAGUAUUGGUACGGCAUCCUGGUUACAGAUAAAUAACCGUGGCGUUCUCCAAUUUUUUGACGAUGCAUGCACGUGUCAUUUUUGUCAGUUUUAUUACUACCAAGCUGUAGUUAUUAUAUUCUUUUAUCGCGUAAUCACGUAAUGGUGCUCAAAAAUUACAGUGGCAUCUGCAGCUGUAGCAAAAUUUCUACGAUAACGGGAUGAAAUAAAAUAUUGUUGAUCAAUGUGAAAUAUUACAGCGGAACCGCGCGGUAGCAGUUAUAGGUCCUCUAUAAUAUUUCAAUUCUAUCUUGUUUAAUUUUCGAUAACUUUUAUACCUUUAUACUACGAACCACGUUUAGUCGUUUAGUGUAUAUAUUUUAUCUUAUACAUGUGACUUGCUUGAUCGGUAUUUAUUUAUUUAUAUUUGCUCAUCGUUAAAUAUUUCUGACACCGAGUGCCGAUUUUGCUAAACACCUUACUUUUCUGAAAAAAAAAAAAUUUAUUAAUUUAGUUAUGUACAGAGUGUAUCUUACGGAAUGUAAUUACAUAAUUUAGAUUCUGAUUGGAGCGGCGACGAAUGUAUUGGUUUUACAAUUAUGUUUAUUGUUGUAUUUUUUUUUUCUGUGGACAAUUUUUCCACCAGCAAUUUUGUUCUACUUUGAAAUAAUAGCACUUUCUUUGAAAAGAAAUCGGACUAGUGAAGUACUUUAAGAAGGUCAUUUUUUUUAUUUUCCCAGCUGUGUUUAUAUCUAAUAAAUGGGAAAACCGAGAAAAAAUAUGAGAGAAAAUAUAGGGAAAUUAGGUACAAUAUUAAACAAAAUUAUUAAAGAAAAUAUUUAAUACCUAUUUAAUUAUUUUACCAUAAUACUAUAUAUAUAUUUGACAAAGCAACACUAUUAACCGAACUCUGCUUAAAAUCGUUUUAUGUUAUCAACUAUCAAUAGUUAAUCAUUGCACACACAGAUAUAAAUAAAAUACCACCUCUGCUUUUCCAAUUUCUCACCUACAACAGUGGAUCAUCUAAGUGCAAAGUAUGUCCAUAUUUUUUUCAUAUUAUACAUCUACCUAGUUAGUGCGAUAAUUCUUGAGCAUUGAAUUAUUUUUGUAGCACAGGAAAAAAUAGAAAUUUAAAAUAAAAGUAUAUUUACUUAUUUAAUCUAUAUAGAAUAGAGGUAAAUAUUUAAAAUGUAUAUGAAUAAAGCUUAGAGCCUAAAAAAUUCCACAAUGAUAACAAAAAAAAAACAAAUCAAAUUCACUUAAAACCCUUGGAGAUAAUUUCUGGUUCAUGAUAAAAAAAAUCACCAUGUACUGUAUUAUUAAUUUGAUCUGUUUUUGUUCCAGAUUCUAACAAGAAGGUAGAUAAAACUUACGCUAAAAACAAAUCGAGGUAGGUAUAUAAUAUAAUAUAAUAGGUAUAUUGUAUAGAGAAACACAAAUACAAACAAUAUAUCAUAAAUAUUUAGUAGAUAGGUAAUAUUUUAUCAGUUAUAAAUGGUAGUGUUUGCCUGUCUGUUUGUGUACCAUGCAUACAUAAAUUUAUCUCGUGCAAAGGUCUGAAAAUGAUCAUACAAAAGUGGAUUAACGGGCUCGUGUGCAUCUCGAAUUCAAAAUUUCGAAAUUUAACAUCUGAAAGGUGGUUAAAAUAUUGGUUUUGGAUACACACUUUUUAGAAAAUAAAUUACAGGAAAAUAACUUUAAUAAUAGUGAUAUUUUGGAAGUGAGGAGAGAAGUCGUGCCAAAUAAUAUUAUUGAUUUUUUUUUUUUAAGUUUUAUACUGUCCAUAUGCAAAGCCACACGGACAGCUAUAGAUGUAUACAUUAUUUAUACAAAUAAUUUUAUACAUAUAAUGAAAUAAUUAAUAUGGGGAAAUAUAAUUAUUUCACGCUACUUUUUAUAUUGUUUACAUAUUAAUUAUUUAAUUAUUCUAAUUUCAAUAGAAUAUAAAAUAGAACUCGGUCAAUUAUUUAAGGUUAUUAACAUUUAAAAUAACUAAAAUGUAUAUAAAUGAUUUAUUUCAAACAAUGACUUUUAGAGGGUUUAAAGUAGAUAAAUUUGAUUUUGGUUCCUUUCAAUAUAUAAAAUUGUUUAAUAAUUUAUUUUUUAAAUAUUUUCAAACUUGUAACUACCUACUUCCUGUACUUUAAAAGGAAAUAAACUUUUAUUUUUCAUCAAAAUUUCGAAAAAAAAUAUUUGUCCAAAAACGUUGGUAGGCAUAUCACUUAUUGGUUUUACUGUUUAUGAAUUUAAUCAAUGUAACAAUUUAGAAUUUAAACCUGCGGACUAGGGAAAAGUAAUACAUUUAUUAUAAUACCAGUAAUGGAUCAUGAUAAAAGAAUCACUCUAUAUGAUUUGGUGAAUGUUUUUAAUGAAAAGAGUUUUAACUAAACUUAGUGUAGGUAGGUACUAUAAUAGUUGUCAACAGAGAUUUUAUAUAUCUUUAGAAUAUUCUUUUUUUUUGUAUCCUAUACAUGUUUUUAUUAUAAUAUGUAUAUUGUAUAAUUUAAUGUUUUUUAUUAUUUAUAGAAUGAUACUAUGCACCCAACAAUUUCGAACUAAUGAUGAUGAAACUGAAGAUGAUGAUGAUGAUGAUGAUGAAAUUGAAGACAAUGACGAUAAUGAUAAUGAUGAUGAUACAAAUAUAGAAGUUGUACAGUAUGUAGAUGAUGAUACAAAUGUAGAAGUUGUACAGUAUGUAGAUGAUGAUACAAAUGUAGAAGUUGUACAGUAUGUAGAUGAUGAUACAAAUGUAGAAGUAGUACAGUAUGUAGAUGAUGAUACAAAUGUAGAAAAUAUGUUGGAUAGAUGGACAUAA